GCUUAUUUAGCCGCUGCUUUCCAGCUCAACGGCUCAGCUCCUGCAGCAGCCGCGGCUGCGCAUUCCGGCACUACCGCCGCUGCAGCAGCCCAUAAUUCCCUGAUGGUCGACGCGGCAGCUGCCGCAGCAGCAGCGCAGCAAGCAGCAGCCGCUCACACCAACGCGUUGCUCGAACACCAAGCAGCACAGUACCAGUUGCAAAUCACACAGGCAUUAGCAGCAGGUUUGUCACCACAACAUGCGGACGUGGCGGCGCAUGCGGCAGCAGGAAUACCCUAUGGAGCGCACUACUACGCGGCUGCAACGGCAGCACACCAUCCGGCAACAGCCGCUUACUAUGCCGGACUACAAGCAGCUGCAAUGCCGCAAUAUCCACCAGGCGCAUAUCCAUUCGCGACGGCGGCACCAUCAGUACAACUAUUCGGAAUCUUAUCUUCUUGAACAGCGAGUUCCUUUGUUUAAUGAAAUCUGCAUCGAUUCCGAUCUACGGUGGACUUAUGCUCUUGAAAAAAGAUCUUCAUCUUGCUUCGAACUUACCGAUUCGAUUCCACUGUCAACCAAAUUUUCAAACAAAACAUGAAGAUUUAACUUACCACACACAACGAACCCACAACAGUCUGUCGGAGCAGCCGCCGCUGCCUCAGCUGCUGCGUCAGAUCACGGCCUGUACCGCCUCAACAGCUAUGCUGACAGCUAUAUUGACCCUCGCGCACUCGAAGGAGCAAGUAAAGGCGGGCACUUAGCCAGUGCACUGAGUUACCAGAGUGACAUAGGCGGAGCAAAGAAUGCGGCUUCUGCGAUUUCAGGAGUGGCAACCUCUAGCGCUGCGCCGCUUACUACGGUAUCUGGCAAAACCGAUGCAUCCAAUGCAACAAAAGCGACAGGGUCGAAAGUUACGGUUUGAUGAGGAGAUUCUAACAUCUUUUAUUCUCAUUCAAUAGAAGUGCUUUUUUUCGUUUUCCUCUUCGGUCCACGAAAGCUUACUGAGCUAAAUAUUCUCUUCGCACGAUUAUCAUGUAGAAUAAGUUUCAAGAUUUAAGUACAACUCUCAACUCUCCCAAGAAGGACAUGCUUACUAGCGUACUUAUCAUCUCUCCUAUCUCUCCUAUCCAUCCCCGUAAAAACUCCUAGAAGGAUUCCUCUCUCUCUUCUCCUAACUCCCGUGGAUCCUCUGGCCCCAAGUCUAGCAAGGACCGAUCAGCAUCGAAUGGAGACGGAAAGAAUGCUUCCUGGUGGUCGGAGGCAACGGCAACCACCAAGGGCUCUACCUGGGGGUCCAAAGGCUCUUGGCCUCCUAGCAAAGGCGCGGCCUCAAGUACGUGGGAGUCAGGGAAAGGCACAACAUGGGAUGCGGCUAAGGUUAAGACUUCCUCCUUUAUCUUGAGAGGCAUCUUGGUGGAAGAGUCGUGUAAGGGGAAUACAGUUAUGCCAAGAUGCUCUUUAGGAUGAUCAUCCGUAAGGUCUAAUAAGGGUUGGGAUCCAGUUAAAGGUAUAUGGGACCCGCAGAGAGGGUGGGACCCCGCAAAAGGCUGGGAUCCAACAAGAGGGUGGGAUGCGGCAAGAGGCAGCUCUUGGGAUACCAGAGGUGGAUCGUGGGAACAUAGAGUUAAGGGUUUCCGAAUUGAAUUCCUCACUACCAUCUUCCCUGGCGCUUUGUUUCUAGAAGAGAAUAAGAAGCCGAGGAAAACGAUGUCCUGAGGAAUGUACCUAAUUCCGUUCCCCCUCUAAGAAAUGCGGCUGGGAUGCAGCGAAGGGUGGUUGGGAUACAGGCAAGAAUGGGUGGG